AUGAGCUGCUACUAUGGCAACUACUAUGGUGGGCUGGGCUAUGGCUAUGGUGGCCUAGGCUGUGGCUAUGGCUGUGGCUAUGGUGGCUGUGGCUAUGGUGGCCUAGGCUAUGGCUAUGGUGGCUAUGGUGGCUAUGGUUAUGCAUGCUGCCGCCCACUCUGCUACAGAAGAUACUAUUCCUAUGGCUUCUACUGA